AGUCACAAGUUAGAGUGUUGGCGAAACUGAGUGUAUUGGUACUAAGGAACCUCUAAGGAAGUGCGUAAAAUAAGCGUGGAAGAUGGGUCGUAUGCAUGCUCCUGGCAAGGGUAUAUCCCAGUCAGCACUUCCGUAUCGGCGAAGCGUACCAACAUGGUUGAAGUUGUCGUCAGACGACGUGAAGGAACAGAUCUUCAAGUUAGCAAAGAAGGGUCUGACUCCUUCUCAGAUAGGUGUCAUUCUUCGUGACUCCCAUGGUGUUGCACAAGUGAGAUUUGUGUCGGGAAACAAAAUCCUGCGGAUUAUGAAAGCAAUGGGUUUGGCUCCUGAUCUACCAGAGGACUUAUAUUAUUUGAUCAAGAAAGCAGUGGCAAUUCGCAAACAUCUGGAAAGGAACAGGAAGGACAAGGACUCUAAGUUCCGUUUGAUCUUGGUGGAGUCCAGGAUCCACAGGUUGGCACGCUAUUACAAGACCAAAAGUGUACUGCCACCAAAUUGGAGAUAUGAAUCCAGUACAGCCUCUGCUCUUGUGGCUUAAAUGUGUAAUCUGUUCUGCUUAUAAUGUGAAAUAAAGAAUGUUUCUUGAAA